AUGGUAGUGGAGAGAAAGAUGCAGCCAUCGCCGCCGCCGGAGCACAGGAGGGUGGUCCGCUUCGUGACCUUCCUGGCCCUCUCCCUCCUGGCUUUCUCCUGCUGGGCUCUCGUCAACUCCCGGAUCAACAACGCCAUCCUGAUAGCCGAUGCCGACAAGACGCCAUUGCUCGCCGGCGGUGAUGAUGACAGAGACAGACACAGUACUGGCGGCGACCAUCCUGCGUCGAUCCCGGUGGCUGUGCCAUCCAGUAGUGACUUGAUGGCGGGCGCCGUCAGGAUGGGCGGUCCGGUUGUUCGAGAGACGCCGUUGGCAGAAGGAGGAGGCGAAGAAGAAGGGAGCGAGGGAUCAUGCGACGCGGAGAGCGCGCAGCUCAGGGUGUACUUGUACGACCUGCCGCCGGAGUUCCACUUCGGCAUGCUGGGGUGGGACGGGAAGGAGGGGGAGGCGGCGUGGCCAGACGUCCGUGACCCGGGCGCCGUGCCACACUACCCCGGCGGGCUGAACCUACAGCACAGCGUCGCGUACUGGCUCACGCUUGACAUACUGUCCUCCACCCUGCCCCACAGUCCGGACGGCGGCGGCGGCGGCACGAGCAGGCCUUGCGUCGCCGUCAGGGUGACAAACGCCAGCCUCGCGGACGUCUUCUUCGUGCCCUUCUUCGCGUCGUUGAGCUACAACCGGCACUCGAAGCUCCGGGGGAGGGAUAUGGUGAGCAGGAACAGGAUCCUGCAGGCCGAGCUGGUGAGGUACCUGAUGAGGCAGGAGGAGUGGAGGAGGUGGGGCGGCAAGGACCACCUCGUCGUCCCUCACCAUCCCAACAGCAUGAUGCAGGCCAGGAGGAAGCUCAGCGCCGCCAUGUACGUGCUCUCCGACUUCGGGAGGUACCCGCCGGACGUCGCAAACCUGAAGAAGGACGUCAUUGCUCCUUACAUGCACGUGGUCCGGUCUCUCGGGGACGACGAAUCGCCGGCGUUCGAACAGCGGCCAGUCCUGGCUUACUUCCAAGGAGCCAUUCACAGGAAAGAUGGUGGAAAGGUUCGUCAGAAGCUGUACCAGCUUCUCAAGGACGAGAAAGACGUGCACUUCACCUACGGGAGCGUCCGGCAGAACGGGAUCAGGCGCGCCACCAAAGGCAUGGCAUCGUCCAAGUUUUGCCUGAACAUCGCCGGCGACACGCCCUCCUCGAACCGCCUCUUCGACGCCAUCGUCAGCCACUGCGUCCCCGUCAUAAUCAGCGACGAGAUCGAGCUCCCUUUCGAGGACGUCCUCGACUACUCGGAGUUCUGCGUGUUCGUCCGUGCGUCGGAUGCUGUGAGGCAGGGCUCCCUGCUGCGCAUUCUCCGAGGCGUGACCAGGGACCAGUGGACUACCAUGUGGAGAAGGCUGAAGGAGGUGGCUCAUCACUUUGAGUACCAGUACCCUUCGAAGCCCGAUGAUGCUGUUCAGAUGAUAUGGGGAGCCGUGGCUCGCAAGAUGCAUUCUCUGAAGCUGCACCUCCACAAGACUGGCAGGUAUCAGAGAACACAUUCAGAUUCAUGA